AUGGAGCCACGGUCGCCAUGGCUAGCGCUGCUCGCCUUCCUCUCGCUUCUCCAAAUCGCCCUCUCCCAGACCGUCCUUGACGGCGUCACCUACGUCGAUGCUACCGUCGAUGGCGAGAUAGUCCUGGUCAGGGACAAUCGCCAGCCCUCGCUGUACACUUCGGACUUUGGGGACUGCAUGGGCGACAGCAGCAUCAAUGUCACUCGCUUCGACGCCGCUUUCUACAAGGACAACAUGACCGUGCUUUUCCAUUUGGCAGGCGAUACCAACAUUGAGAGUGAAGGGUUGAUGAUGUACAUUGCCGUCUACGCCUACGGUGAAAGCCAAUUCGAGCUCAUUUUCAACCCUUGCAACGCCAACAUCGACAGCCUUUGCCCUGUGCGAAACAACGUCUCGAUCGAAGCAAGCGGAAUUAUUCCAGUUGCGCAGUCCGAUGUCCAGAAUAUCCCAAGUAUUGCAUACACUAUUCCGGACUUUGAGGGCCAAGCAAUCCUCCGCAUCUUUGCGAACUCCACACAGCAGCUCAUUGGCUGUUAUUCUGCAGUCAUCACAAACGGAGCCACGUUCUCACACCCGUAUGCCGUCGGAUCGAUUCUGGGAAUAUUCGCGUUCAUCGCUCUGGUUGCUUCCUUCGCUACUGCCAUAUAUGGAAGUGAUGUGCCGGCAAUGCGCAAGCACUACGCACACUCGAUGUCGAUCUUCGUGGUGUUUGCUGUUUUGCAGCACAUCUUCUUCACUGGAGCAUUGUCUAUGAACUGGCCAAGCGUGCUUGUCGCAUUCUGGAGUAACUACGCAUGGUCUGCCGGCAUGAUCUACACCGAGUCCAUGCAGAACUCCAUCAACAAUUUCAUUGGCUCGAAUAUGGGAAAUACCUCCGCUGUCGGUGCAGCAAGUCCUGACUCGGACAACAGCAACAUCGGUGGUGGCUACGACAUCUCCUUGAUCUACCGGAGAGCUAUCAAAAAGACUGUUAAGAAGGCUGCCAUGCAUCUUUGGAGAAAAGACAUCUUCGAUCACCACUCACCCCGUCUCGAGAGAGCUCUUUCCAAGCGCGCACUUGCCGGUAGCAGCGAUGGUUAUGACUGGUAUGGCAAUCCUGUCAAGCCCGGUCUUCCUUUACCUGGAAAUUACUCGGGAUUCGCUGGCACCCUAGCUCAAGAGGAUAUCCCGGCUUCCAAUGCCUUCAUGACCGGCUUCCUCUGGUUUCUGAUCCUGCUGGUGAUCGUCGCAGCUUCUGUUGUUGCAUUCAAAUGGCUCGUCGAGGGGCUUAUUUGCAUCAAGGCUCUCAGGAGGGAUCGUCUCACAUACUUCAGGUCCCACUGGCUUGGAUACACGGUGCUGGCCACUCUGAGAACGCUCUUCAUUGGCUUUUUCGCCAUGAUAUUCCUCACCCUGUUCCAGUUCACCUACGAGGGCGCCCCCGGAGUCCUGGCCGUGGCUGCAAUCGUGUUCGCCAUCUUCCUUUGCGGCAUGUUUGGCGUGGCCGGAUACGCUUGCUACUACCGGGUGAGAGUUGGCAACUACGUCUCUGAGCCGGAUCGUCUGAAUCUGGAACGUCGAAGAGUCCUCGGCUGCAUCCCCUGGUUCCGCUUCUCCAGAGCAAGUUCUCUUCAGGACGAUGAGGAAAAAGUCUACGCUGGCAGCCUACCCUUUUGGCGUAUCUCUCACAACAGCCCAGAGACCCAGAAAUCCGUGCACGAAGACGAAGAGUAUACCAAGAAAUUCGGAUGGCUUGCCUCGCGUUUUAGACGUACUCGCUGGUGGUUCUUCACCUGUUGGCUCUUCUACGAGUUCGUCCGGGCCUGCUUUCUCGCGGGUGCAUCCGGUCAUCCGUUGGUGCAAGUUUUCGGCCUCCUCGUAGUGGAGUUUUUGGCUUUCGUUGCAAUCAUAAUUAUGCGCCCAUUCGAGUCUCAGCGUCUGAACGCCAUGAUGAUCUACCUCCUGGGAUUCAGCAAAGUCGCCACCGUGGCCCUCUCUGCAGCAUUCGAUAUUCGUUUCAACAUCGCACGCAUCACCACGACUGUCAUCGGCAUUGUCAUCAUCGUUAUCCAAGGAGUCCUGACCAUCUUCCUGAUGAUCUCCAUCAUCGUGGGCGCUUGUUCCACUUGGAUGUCUGUGAAGCGUCACCGCGAGAAGGACGAGUUCAGGCCGCGGAAUUGGAGGAACCUUCGCGACAAAUACUUCGCGCACAUGGACAAAGCGAUGAAAGACCUUCCGCCCGAACCUCCAGCGCCUGUGAUUCCUCCACCAACACCGGAAGAACCCAAAGUAGGCUUCAACGUGUCUUCAGUGCGCCGGGUUGCCAAGAUUGAAGAUGAGGACCCUGAUUUCCUUGCUGACAUCGGCAAUGACCCUCGUGGAUCCGAAAUGACACUGCAGGGUCUCGCAAAUGCCAGGACGAGUGAAGACGGUACACCGACUCCGGCAGGCCGCAGACGCCCGGCUAGCAUCAUGAGCCAGAUGUCGUACACCAGCUUACCCCGCACGGCUCGUGUGCACCGUGCCAGCUGGAGCUCACGCGACUUCCUUGAUAUGGACCUUGAUCAGGAGCCCAUGCCCGGUGGUCACUCGCGUACAAACAGCCUUGGCCAUUCUCGAUCCACCAGCCACGGACAUCCACGCACCCGAGCCAGCAGCAGUGGGCGACAGAGAGCAACCAGUCUUGGGACCGCAAGGAGCUCUGACCGUAUCUCGCGCAUGGGUACACCAACCGGGAUCCCCGAGCUUUCGCAGCUGAACAGGCAAAUUACGGAGCAUCGCGAGGAGGGUGAUUACCAGGAGUCUCCUGAUGCCAUCUCGCCAGUAGAGCCGCACCAGUAUCCGGCUGGUCGCAAGUCAACCUCGUAA